GCGAACGCGCGCGCGGCGCGCGUGCGUGGUGCAGUCACCAUCACGGCGGCGCACCGCCCGGACGCGGACGCUGAAGAUGCGGGCAAGGGUCAACGCAUUAUGAUCAUCGGCGGCGACGGCUACUGCGGCUGGGCGACGGCGUUGCACUUGUCCAAGCGCGGCUACGCGGUCUCCAUCGUCGACAACUUGUGCCGUCGUUCUAUGGACGACCAGCUCGGUUUCAACUCUCUGUCUCCGAUUAAGGGUAUCCACGAGCGCGUGCGCAAGUGGAAGGAAGUCAGCGGCCGCGACAUCGACCUCUUCGUCGGCGACGUCUGCGACUACGAAUUCUUGGGCGCCGCGUUCAAAAAGUUUGCGCCGACGGCGUGCGUUCACUUCGGUGAGCAGCGCUCCGCGCCGUACUCCAUGAUGGACCGCACCCGCGCCGUGUUCACGCAAACGAACAACGUCAUGGGUACCAUCAACGUGUUGUACGCCAUCAAGGAAUUCGCCCCGGAAUGCCACUGCAUCAAGCUCGGCACGAUGGGCGAAUACGGCACCCCGAAUAUCGACAUCGAAGAAGGUUACAUCACCAUCACCCACAACGGCCGCACCGACACGUUGCCGUACCCGAAGCAAGGUGGUUCUUUCUAUCACUUGUCCAAGUGCCACGACUCCGCGAACAUGUUGUUCUGCACCAAGGCGUGGGGCAUUCGCACCACCGACUUGAACCAAGGCGUCGUCUACGGUCUCUCCACGGAUGAAACCGACAUGCACCCGGACUUGGUGAACCGCCUCGACUACGACGCCGUCUUCGGUACCGCGCUCAACCGCUUCUGCAUCCAAGCGGCCGUCGGUCACCCGAUGACCGUGUACGGUAAGGGUGGCCAAACCCGCGGUUUCUUGAACAUCAGAGACACCGUGCGCUGCAUUCAAAUCGCGUGCGACAACCCCGCGCCGCCGGGCGAGAUGAAGAUUUAUAACCAAUUCACGGAGCAAUUCUCCGUGAACGAACUCGCUGCUAUGAUCACGGAAGCCGGUAAGAAGGUUGGACUGAAUCCAGAGGUCAUCACCGUGCCCAACCCGCGCACGGAGAUGGAGGAGCACUACUACAACGCCAAGAACUCCAAGCUUCAAGAUCUCGGCCUCGAGCCAAUCGCGAUGCGCGGCGAAUUCUUGGAGGGCUUGUUGAAGCAAAUCAUCACCUACAAGGAUCGUGUCGACCAGCGACUCAUUCUUCCGGGAGUGAACUGGAAGGAAUCCGCUUCCGUCGCGGAAGUCAUUGCUAAGUAAGCAUUUAGGAGGCCUAUAGCGAGUCUCGCGAACCAGAAAAAGUUGUUCAAUCAAGCCGUUGUCAAUAUGACCCAACAUCAUUCAUCGA